AAGGUGAGAUUUUAAUCUUUUCUUGUGUUUCUUUACAUCCCUAUGCAGAUACAUACAGUUGCUGUUGGAGCCGCUAUAGGCCAGGCAUGCCUCUUACUUGCUGCUGGAAGCAAGGGCAAAAGGUUUAUGAUGCCACAUGCAAAAGCAAUGAUUCAACAACCUCGAGUCCCGUCUUCUGGGUUGAUGCCAGCCAGUGAUGUUCUCAUACGUGCAAAGGAGGUUAUAAUAAAUAGAGACAUUCUGGUUGAACUUCUGUCCAAGCACACCGGAAAUUCCUUGGAGACUGUAGCUGACGUGAUGAGGAGACCAUUUUAUAUGGAUUCAACGAGAGCUAAAGAAUUUGGAGUCAUUGAUAAGAUACUUUGGCGUGGUCAGGAAAAGAUAAUGGCAGAUGCCGCCCCGCCGGAGGAUUGGGACAAGAAUGCUGGGAUUAAAGCCCUUGAUGCAAUUUAAGUUUCUUCUAGAAGGAUUAUGCGGUAAAUUUUUUCCAUUGUAAUGCGAAAUUGAUUUGUUAAUUAAGAGGAAAAAUUAGAUUGGUAAAUUUCUUACAUUCACUCCCUUCUAAAAUAGCCCCAGUUACUAAACAGCAGGACAAAGUUUUAUUUUUGAGUGUAGAAGAAGGUUCUUGUAAGAAAAAUUUGAGUGAAGCCACUGUUCUUUUUUACUCACUACAUUGGUCCUUAAGAAAUUUCCUCAAUUAUUAGAAAAAUGAAGAAUGCAACAAAUGGAAGGAUAUUACGAUCUAA